AUGACCAAUCCAGCUUUGGCCAGCACAAACACCUCUGACAAAAGUUUCACCAAAAAAGGGACUUCAAAUGGAGUCAGCAUGGAAGACACAAAACUGGCCAUCAAGGGACAUGUGAAUGAUGGUUACAAGGUACAACCUGUGUCUUCGUUGUCCAGCGGUGAUCCGGGCUACAACCCUUCACCCUCUCCAGAUGACAAAGUUCAUGUUCUGGUUUUUGUCUGUUCCGCUAACUCAGCAGAAAUUAAGCAAUCAGUUUUGAUGAAGAUGAGGGACAUCAGAGAGGAAGCCAGCAACAUGGGCAUUCCCCAACUGGCAGUUGUUACCAAAAUUGAUGAGGCCUGUGGUGAAACUGAAAAGGAUGUGACGAAUGUCUACAAGAGCAAAUACAUAAAGAGAAAGAUGAGAGAUCUCAGCUUAUCACUGGGUAUUCCACUGAACUGCAUCUUUCCUGUGAAGAACUACAGUGAAGAAUCUCCACUGAAGGAUAUUGACUCACUGAUCCUGAGCGCUCUGAAGCUGAUAAUUGACUUUGGAGAUGAAUUCAUAAACAAAGGAGACGGAUCCCCCUGCGGUCAGGGUGCGUGGAUCCUUUUCAAGGUUUACAGCGCAGGACACUCCUGCGCUGACCAGAGAACAGAUCAGGAGGGUGUUGCUUUAGGUGUGGACAUGUUUAGAAGGUGUGUGCCAUACCUCUACGUCAUCACCACCAUCCAGAAGGUUCUUCAAGCAGCUGCAAACCAGAGGGUCCUCCACGUCAUCAUCAGCACACUCACCCCUACCUGCUCAGAGCAAGGAAGCCAUGGAUGA